AUGGAAAACCAGGCAGCACCCUCUGCGUCAGUUGACGCAAAUGCCUUGAAAAUAGUCCUAGAUGCGCUGAAAAAUGCAAGCUUCGCAGUGGAAGCCCCUGCAGGCACUUCCUGCGAAGGAUUGUGGGGGUUAGUGUCUGGUGAUUCGCUGGCUAGUUCCUACUUCUUGAGGUCCCUCUCUAUUUCCCUUGGAAUUGAGCUGCCUAGUUCGCUGCUUCAGUCCACCAAAAUCGAGGAAGUCGUGGAGAAGAUCACUGAGCUCGCAGCGGGUGCCGACGCAGAUCUGCACAGUAAAGCUCAGCUGCAUGCGAUCCAUUUGCACCAACAGUCCCCUCGUGUAGCAAUUAUAAGCGCUUCAUGCAGGUUGCCUGGGGGAAUCGAAACGCUUGGUGACCUGUGGUCAGACAUCCUUGUGUCGGGGAGAGAUGCGAUCACUGAGAUUCCCAAAUCGCGCUGGGAUGCAGAUUUGCUUUAUGAUCCAGAGGGAGGUGAAGGAACAAUCUAUGUGAAAGAAGGAGGAUUUAUUGAGGAUGCAGAUGCGUUUGACAACCGCUUUUUUGAAAUCCCUGACCAUGAAGUAAGUCUCUGUGCGUGA